AUGCUGGGCCUCCUGGGGAGCACGGCCCUCGUGGGAUGGAUCACAGGUGCUGCUGUGGCGGUCCUGCUGCUGCUGCUGCUGCUGGCCACCUGCCUUUUCCACGGACGGCAGGACUGUGACGUGGAGAGGAACCGUACAGCUGCAGGGGGAAACCGGGUCCGCCGGGCCCAGCCUUGGCCCUUCCGGCGGCGGGGCCACCUGGGAAUCUUUCACCAUCACCGUCAUCUUGGCCACGUAUCUCAUGUGCCGAAUGUGGGCCUCCACCACCACCACCACCCCCGCCACACCCCUCACCACCUCCACCACCACCACCACCCCCACCGCCACCAUCCCCGCCACGCUCGCUGAGGCUGCUGUCGCCGGUGCCUGUGGACAGCAGCUGCCCCUGCCCUCCCAUCUGUUCCCAGGACAAGUGGACCCCAUGUUUCCAUGUGGAAGGAUGCAUCUCUGGGGUGAACGAGGGGAACAAUAGACUGGGGCUUGCUCCAGCUGCAUUUGCAUGCCAUGCCCCAGUGUACUAUGGCAGCAGAGAACGGAGGAACACUGGGGCCUGCAGUGCUGAAGGGUUUGGGGAGUGGAGAGCAAGGGUGCUCUUUUGGGGCUGGACAGCCCAUCUUGUGACGGUGACUCCCAGUGAGCCCCAGAAAUGACAAGCGUGUCUUGGCAGAGCCAGCACACAAGUGGAUGUGAAGUGCCCGUCUUGACCUCCUCAUCAGGCUGCUGCAGGCCUCUGGUGGGCAGGGCACUGGGAGAGGCCCUGAGAAUGUCCUUUUGGUUUGGAGAAGGCAGUAUGAGGCUGCACAGUCAAUUCAUCGGUGCCUUAGUCCAAGAAAAUAAAAACCACUAAGAAGCUUUUGUGAAGAGGCUCUUGAUUGCAGCACAGUGGGAGGGAGGGAGCUGCCUGGCCUGCGUCCUCAUUGCCCUGGGACCUCCCUCUCUGAUGGGAAGCGUGUGCCUGGAGCAGGCGGCUUCUGUCUGGUUCUUAGGGGCUGGUUGUGGAGUGGGAAGAAUUGGGUGGGCUCUGUCUGAGCUCUGAGGGAGGAUUCAGGGUUUGCACAAAACCCUGCCCACAGCAGGUCCUGUGUGCACCAGCAGGGCUCUGGCCUUCCGCGGGACAGUCCUUGGGGAGAGGAAGGUUGGAGCCGCUGCGAGCCUGGCUCCCCAGGGCUCUGCCCCUGUACUUUUUUCAGCCCAUGUCCAGGGCAGACUGAGCUCUGAAACUCGAGGAAGCCCCAUCCACAGGCUGCCUUGAAUCCAGUUUCCUUGAGAUGCCCACGUGCCGAAGUCUGGAGGCUGGUUGGAAUAUGCUCUGUGAACAGCUGGUGGGAUCCACAGCGAGGAAGGAAGCCUGACUCUGAGGCCUUCAGCCUGUGCCUGUGAGCUGAGCCCAGCCCACUCCAUCCCCCUCCUGGAUUCCUGCCAGCCUGCUCCCUGCAGCCCUGCCCCUUUCCCAAGCAUCUCCAGGCUGAUUUCACAGAUGAAUCAAAGAUGGGGAGGAGGUUCCCCGAAAGCCGGAAACGGAAAAGGAAGCCUAUGCAGGGCAGGAGAGAACCCGCUGAGCAAUUGCCCUUUAUUCCAGUUCAAAAAUGCGGAACCACUCAGACAAUCUGCAGGUGGCCUAUGGCUGCGUGUACACAGGAAGAACAGGCGAUGAGAAAUCAAAGGAACAAAUGUUCAAGCUUGAGGCAUAGUCUCCUGGUGCCCUCUAUCACCCCAGUUAAGGAGGUGAUGUUGGUAACUCAACCUGAAACCACAGGCCCUGCAGAUCAGCCCAUCGUCUCCUUCCUCCUGGUCAUCCCAGUUAAUACAAACAAUCCAAGGAAUUGGCUUCCUGUUACGGCCCACAGCCUGCUCCAUGUGGAGGAGGAGCCCAGGGCCCAGAUGGUCUCAUCAUCUCAGAAAAGGGACAGAUUGAGAAUAUGACAGGCUAUCGUUUGCUCUGAAAAGUUGCUCUCCCAUUCUGUGCAAAGUGCCAGUUUCCUAAUACUGAUACUAAAGAAAGUUCCCUUGGGCCUUGGAGAAACUGAAAAGGACCCAGGCUACGUGAACUUGGGCCAGCCCUCUGCCCUUUCUGGCACUUUGCACCCAGAUCAGUAAAACCGCAGAAUCAGAUGGUCGCUCUGUGGUCCCAUAGUAACUGGAAAGUGCACUGAGCUAGGAGUGGAGGGAGGGCGGUCCCUCCUCGGCCAUUGCUCGGGCCUGUUAACAUGGCUAAUUCAGAAUGGGGAGAAGGUCAGUUAACCUCUAUGACCAUAGGAUCUUUUUCUAUAAAAUGGAGGCUAUAUCACUAUGCAGGGUUGCUGGGGAGGUUAUAUGAGAUCAUGUCUGGUGAGCUCCCAUGCCUGGAGUUAUUGUUCUCACUACUCUGUUUCCCAGCAUAUGGACAAAGUGGGGCUAAUAGCACAGUCUCCUUUCUGGAAGUGGUGGGGGUCUCAGGAGGUGGUGGGUGUGAAAGGGCUCUGACCUGGCAGACUAAAUCAGUUGCCUGGGCCUAGCUUAUUCCCCUGACCUCCUGGCAGGGAGCAGGGUAGAAAUGGCCUGGGGUGCACAUGGCGGGACGGGAUAACUGCUGAGCGGGGGUUGGACGGCUGCAGUGUGGGUCCUGGGCCCUCUCUCACAAUUGGAGGAAAGAAUUCAGGAAGUGCUCACAGCUGCUCAGACAUCCCAGAGCCCAGUUCCAAGCAGGACGGAGGCUGCAGCACCCAGGGAGGAACACCAUGGUCCCUGGGACGGCCACCAGGCCAGGAGGCCGCAGCACCAGGGAGUCUGUGCUCACGUCUUCCAGGACAGUGCUUCUUCUAGAAGCUGACAUGGAGCUGACCACAGCUCUUGGAGGCAUGGCCUGAGGCUUAGAAAAUAGACAGAGAUCAUCUGAGAUUUGAGCAGCGGGGCCACGUGGCAGCGCCUGAAGGCCUGGAGCAGGAGUGACCCAGGGACUCAGAGCAGCAUCUUCUCAGGAGACGGAAGGAGAGCCGCCGGAGGAACACGGGGCACCUGCGAUCGCCAAGAGCCUCCUGUUCUGGAUGGGAGCGAAGGCUCCGAGAGGACAUAAGGUUUCUCAGUGGGCCAUGGAAACGGCAGUGAUUGGGGUGGUGGUGGUGCUGUUCGUGGUGACUGUGGCCAUCACCUGCGUCCUCUGCUGCUUCAGCUGUGACUCGAGGGCCCAGGAUCCUCAGGGGGGCCCUGGCCGCAGCUUCACGGUGGCCACGUUUCGCCAGGAAGCUUCUCUCUUCACGGGGCCUGUUCGCCAUGCCCAGCCAGUGCCAAGUGCCCAGGACUUCUGGACCUUCAUGUGAUGCCUGAGUCCCCAGGAUUUGCUGUGCUGAUGGGUCAGACUCACCCGCCCCUCAGCAAGCCUUCCCUGGCCUUCCCCUCCUCCCAGGGCCUUCUCCCUGUCCUUCCCCUCCAGUAACCUGUGAACUUCCCGUCUCCUCCCAUUCCAGCCUUCUGUGCCCUCCAGCCUUGGGGAUCCUUGUUAUUAGGACAGCCCAGCUGGGGUUGAUCCACAGGAUGGGGCUUAGGAGGGCUCUGAGGAGUGAGUGAACAGACACAGCGCCGGAAUGCACGGUGGGCCGGCUCUGCUGAUCUACACCACGAACUGAAAUAUCACUGGAAUUUAUUGUAAACGGUGUGCCUAUAAUGCUGGUUCUGUUGCCACCUGGGCACGCAGCACCCUCAAGUGGACAUUUCUAGAAACCACUUCUUACUUGCUCUCCUGAUUGAUUACCUUUGCAAAUUGCACAGAACCCAACCUCGGGUCCUGCUCCCCGCCAGUUGCCUGAAAUCAGCCCUGAAAUUCUGAAACCAAAGAGCUGCUUCCUGAGAACAAGUUAUUUACUUUAGAAUUGAAAAUGUAUAUCCUUUUAUGGGCCUUUCCGAAUCUGAUUUGAAAAACCACAAAAGGAAACAGAAGAGAAAAUAAGAGCCACAGAAGGUACAAUAUGUUUUAUUAACAGGAAGGCCAGAAAUAAGAUAUUUUAAACAUAUUUUUAAUGAGACUUUAUCGCUAUAUUCCAACAGGUCACUUCUAUUCUUAGAGAAUGUGAAUGACUUGUGUCACUUCGGAGUGACAGAAAAAUCAGGAACUGAAAGAUAAUUCCAGACAAGUUAAAAUGUUAUGUUACAUUCAAAGCUCUUGUUUUCAUCACAGAUAAGGGGAUAUUCAGUUUUUAUUAACAGAAACCCCAUUCUCCCAUGGCCAUGGAAUAAAUGCCAUGCUAUAUUUAAGGA